AUGGCCUCAUUAUCGAAGGAAUACCUUCUGAAGUCACUGAUCAACCUGCUUCCUACUGAGGAGCAAAUGAAGACUGUCGGGCUAUUUAUAAGAACCUUCAAGAGAGACUACAGGGCAAUAGUGGAGGGGUGGAUGUUUGUCUAUAGGAAAUCCAGUCCAUACCAUAGGCUUAACUUGCUGUACCUUGCAAACGAAGUUGUUCAAACAACAAAGGAUGUUGAUCCGGAUUCGAUUGAGCUGAAGAUCUUGCUUAAGAAAGUAGUAAACGAGGUAUUUGAAGAAACAAAAAAGAUGGCUAUGAAGAAUCCUUCCCUUUACAAGAAGUACUGCGAGCUUGAGAAUGUAUGGAUUCAAAGAAACGUCAUGGUUUUGGAGAGCCAUGGAAUCAACUUAGGAGACCUGAUUAGAAACAUUGAAAAGACGUUCAAUGAUAAAGCCAAACUGUCUGCAGUACUAGAGGAUGCCCUUUCCAGGGUCCGCAAGGGGUCUGGUGGGGGAUGA